AUGACGAAGGAUUUCCAGCCGUACAAAUCCACAGACGAUUUGCCAGCGAAGGUGGACCUUCGCAAGUACAUGAGCAAAAUCGAAGACCAGUCGCAAAGUAACAGUUGCUGUGCCAAUGCUGUGGCAGGAGCCUAUGAGUACCUGAAUCAAAAGCAUGCGCAGGCAACCGGAGAUACCCCGGGUGAUGUCUCCCGACUGAUCAUCUACUACGUUGGGCGAAAGAAAGACAUGGAGGACGAGGCAUCGAUAUUUCGGAAAAAGGGCGUGGAGAAAAGGGCGCCCAAAGACGAAGGCAUGAGUCUCUCUGCUGGCAUUGCCGCUAUGCAGGUGAGUGGUGCCUGUCUGGAGACCUCAUGGCCCUAUGAUCUUACGAAGGUCAACGAAAGACCCACAGAGGAGUGCUUCACAGAGGCCAGGAAGUAUCGUGUCACGGAAACCAAGAGGGUGCCUGUGGACGUCGACGCCAUGCGACAAUGUCUGGCAGAGGGACAUCCGAUCAUUUUCGGCCUUACGCUUACGGAGAAAUUCUUUUGUCCCGGACCGGGCGGCUUCAUCGCAACACCAAGCAGAACAGACGAAAGGGCAGCGCGACAUGGCUUGCAUGCAAUGCUGAUUGUCGGCUACAACGACCGCCAGAAAAUCUUCAUUGUUCGAAAAAGCUGGGGUGAGCACUGGGGAGACAAGGGCUACUGCUACGUGCAAUAUGAUUACGCAGGAAGCCCAGACUUCAAUAUUCUCAAUCAGUUCGCCAUCCUUGGGCUAACUAAAGUGGACUUGACUCCAGACCCCGAUGAUGGAGAAGACUUCGACACAACGGAGGACCCUACUCCGGUGGUUGUGGAAUCCGAUGAGGAGCCGGAGGAACCUGAUGCAGAGGAUGACUUCGAAUUCUCCGAGCAUUUCAAAGGAGAUCAAGUGAUUCGUCAGUUCUUCCUCGACCAAGGGGGCAAACUCAACCGAUCCCAGUUCCAUUUGUGCCUUUCGCUCUUCCACAGGGGCGAGGCAGGAAAACAUUUCGAUUGGCUUGCGGCUGAUGCGUGGGUGGCAGAUGAUUCAAAUCAUCCCCCCGACAAGAUUGAGUGGACGCCAGAAGACUUCGACAUGGUCGUGUCGAAGUUCUCUAAGCAAAGCCAUGCUGAGAAGUUCCCCGGAUUGGCGUUCUUGUGGCAAUGA